AUGGCUGACCAAAAUAUCAAGAUCUACAAACAUUCCGAUUCCGACGGUCACUUCCGCCGUAAGGACUCUUCCUUUCGGUCCCGGGUAUCUCGGGAUGCAUCAGCUGAGUUUCCCGCCGAGAAGAAUCGCUAUGUGCUAUACAUCAACUACGGCUGCCCAUGGGCACACCGAGCCAACUUGGUUUGGACUUUGAAAGGCCUAAAAGGUGUGAUUCAGAUGGUGGUUCUGGAUCCAGAGCUCGGCCCAGAUGGAUGGUUCUUCUCUGGCCGCUACGGAUCCGCCGAAAAGGAUCCCCUCUACGGGUUUAAAUACCUCAAGGAGCUAUAUCUGAAGGCCGAUCCCGAAUAUGAUGGACGGUAUACUGUACCGACACUAUGGGAUAAGAAGAAAGAGACGAUCGUCAACAACGAAAGCAGCGAGAUCAUCCGCAUGCUGUACACCGAGUUUGAUGAUUUCCUGCCUGAAAAUCUACAGGAAGUGAGCAAACCGGGCGGAGGGUUCUAUCCGGAAAACUUGAGAAACAAAAUUGAUGAUAUGAAUGCCUGGGUGUAUCCCCUGAUCAAUGACGGAGUCUACAAAACGGGCUUUGCAACCACACAAGCCGCCUACGAAGAAAAUAUCUACCCACUCUUUGAAGCACUCGAUCGCGUCGAAGAACACCUGGGCCGAUCGGGAAAUCAGCCAUUUUUGUUCGGUGAGAAUGUCACCGAAGCUGAUAUUCGACUGUAUACCACCAUUGCUCGAUUUGAUGUGGCUUACUAUUUGAUCUUCCGGUGCAAUUUAAAGAUGAUCAGACAUGACUACCCGCGACUUGAUCGCUGGUACCGCAGGCUUUACUAUGAUGAGUCGGAAUUGACGAGAGGGGCAUUUAAGGAGACGACUUACUUUGACAUUUACAAAUUUGGAUAUGCCGUCGCGGUUGGAAACAAAACUGGCAACCGGGAGCUCGUUCUUCCCGUCGGCCCUGUUCCUGAUAUUUUUUCUCCCGAGAAGAGUGUGUAG